AUGUCAGAAUUUGCUGUAGUCGCUGUUGUUGUUAGACACUCUUCUACUAUGAAAGGCAAUAUGCUAGAAUGGGACGUAAUCAUAAUUUUGAGAAGUGUAAAAUCGAAUAGAAUUGAAAGCUCUUCGUGGCCAACUGUUUUGGCAGUUGAACGUUCUUCUAUUUGUAUCCGAAAAGUUGCGUCUAUAAUAUAUAGUAAAGCUGGGAGGUGCGCCCCAGGACGAUUGUUAAUGGCAAUGACGCAUUUUACUCACUUAUUUAUUUUUGAUAGGGGACCCAGCAACGGAGGUGUCGAUAUCCGUUCAUGGAUUCGUAGAACUGAUGAUAUUGGUUCCUCCGUCGUCCGUGAACUUAGAGGUGUCUUAUGCGAAGAACGGCCAAGAAUGAUUGGUAUCCUGGUGGGCCCCCGUGUAAGAAGUUUUUCAAGUGAUGCAAUUAGAACAGCACUACCGUAUCAUAUUAACCGAUCGAUACCAUCUUCCUAUAAUUCUUCUUAA